AUUGCUUCUACCAUCGCAUCAUUCAAGUUCGCACACAAGUCAUGUCGGCCUCUCAGCAGGGUCCGGACCCCAAGAUCGUCCGCCGUCUAGGCAAUGGACGCGUCAAGAAUAUCAUCAUUGUUUUGUCAGGGAAAGGAGGUGUAGGCAAGAGCUCAGUGGCUGCUCAGCUUGCCCUCUCUAUCUCCGAGACUGGAAUGCCACCUUCGGCCACCUCUUCUUCCACUUCUACCGCGCUCCCCAAAGUCGGUAUCCUUGAUGUAGACCUCACGGGUCCUUCAAUACCCCGUAUGCUAGGGCUGGACGGUCAGCAGAUCCUUCAGUCCUCCGAUGGGUGGGUCCCGGUGUAUGCGGAUCGAGAGCAACGCCUUGCGGUCAUGUCGGUCGGAUUUCUACUGAAGUCGAGGAAUGAGAGUGUGGUCUGGAGAGGACCAAAGAAGAACGCCAUGAUCAAGCAGUUCCUUGGCGAUGUCCGGUGGGGAGAAUUAGACUAUCUGAUCAUCGACACGCCUCCUGGUACAUCCGACGAACACAUCUCUCUACUCGAGUAUCUACGGCCCUUUUCCCCUACAGCCGUCUUGGUAACGACUCCCCAGGCUGUGUCUCUGGCAGACAACCUGCGCUCCCUCGACUUUACCCGCAAAGUAGGUUUGCCACUCGUGGGUCUCAUUGAGAAUAUGAGCGGGUACGUCUGCCCUCACUGUGAAGAGUGCACAAACGUUUGGGGAAGGGGAGGUGGCGAGGCGCUAGCUGCACGAGAGGGACUGAAGUUCCUGGGACGGAUACCGAUCGACCCCGGUUUGGUCAGGGUGCUGGACGAUGCAAAGGAGGAAGCCAUCAAGCGGGCCAAGGAAGGCGCACCAGCAAGGGGCGAUGAUGGGAAAGAGACUGACCAGCGACCUGCAAGACAAGCUUCGGUCGCUGCAAUGGAAGUUGACGUCGAUGUCACGCAACCGCUACCACCCACUCCUGCCCCUACUUCGGCAGCUGCACCAGCAGACGAGGAGACGCGAGCUAUCCUCGCGCAGACUACUACGCCGGCUGGCACAAUGCUCUCAAGGACGCUGCUACAAAGAUACAGAGACUCUAAGACGUUCCCAGUCUUUGCCAAGAUUGCUGCGCAGGUGUUGCAGGGCGUAGCGGAACAUUCGCGAAGGAUCGCAGAGGAAGGUGACUCUGGCGUGGGGAUGAGGCGAGAGUGAGGAAGUAGGAGGAGUCAUAGAUGCUGCUUAGAUGCGAUGUGCCUUCUUACAAAGUUCGAGGUCUAUGUACUUGUAUUGUAACAAAAAUGAUCUAGAAAGGUAUCAAUUAUCGAAAGGCGGCAGGCCAAAUAGCUCGGGCCU